AUGAGCCGGACGGAUAUGGUUCACUUCGUGGAUGUGAGCGGCGGUUGGGAUGCGGGUGAGUGCGAUUGGUGCUUCGACCGUGCCGUGGCCUACAGAGCUGCGGACGCCCUAGGGGAGGGCGUCACGUCGUUUCUGGUGCACCUGCACCGCGAUCAGUCACCCGCCAUCCCCCUCGCUCCCCCAAGCCGACCCACCAGGGCGAUGCUUGACUUCUCAUGGAACGUACCGGUGCAGCGGAUAAGGGGGCAGCAAGGGGGGUUGGGGGGGCAGCAGGGUCGGCAAGGCGAGCAGCAGGGGGUGUCGCCUCGGGAGCAGCUCGUCUGGAAGUGUGAGAAGGCACCGUUGCUAUGCGUGCAAGCUAUGCUGCUCGAAUGGAUGGCUGAGCCUCGUGUGGGCGUGCUCAUGGACCUGCGUAGGAUCAGAUCCCGCCUGCCUGCUGUUCUGGCCAAUCGAGGCUCUCUUGGGGAUUCCCCUACUGCAUCAGCUGCUUCUGCAUCUGCAGAUGCCCCUCCUACUGCUGCAGCGUGGUCCGGCUGCUCGCGCUGCAGCAGAUGCUGGGCUGCCUACCGCCGUGCUGUGAGCUUCACUGCCUUCCUCGUGCUCGUGGCGAGGUGGCCUCGAGUUGACACCGUAUGGAAGGUGCAUGUGAAUAGAUACGAUGCUGGGCUCGUGUACCCAGCCCUAGUGGCCCAGCUGGGGGCGGGAAGGCAGGUGCAGAACGAUUGCUUCGCUCCCGUGCUGGUGCAGGUGCUGGGGGUGAAGGAGGGUGCUGAUCUGAAGGAAGGGUUUGGGUUCUUUGUGCAGCAUGUGCUGUCAGGCGGGCUGGAGAAGGCGCAUGCGGCAGAGGAGGGGAGCGGUGCAGAUGAAGUUGAAGAGCACUGCAAUUUAGGAGCGAUGGUCUUUGCAGGGGGUAGGAGUGCAUCCAACAACGGAGUUGAGGAGGCAGCUAUUCAGGAGGCCAGGGAGAGGCUGCUGCGACAGCAGGGGCUACAGAACGGGCUGGCAACAGGGGUGAACGAGGGAGGGGCAGCAGGAGGAGGACUUCAAGCAGCAGCAGCAGCGGCUCCAGCAGCAGGACGCCUGCUGGUCCGGUUUGGCACUGUUCCCCCGCCUCUGGAUGGAAGCAUCCGAGUCGCGGAGUGGGAAGAGUGGCCUGAGGGGAACGAAGCUGCUGUGAAGUUUCCUGAUGACGCCAGUGCCAGAUGUUUCGGGCUGGGCCGGACGAGUGGCAGUCCGGGUCGCAAGAACAGGGGGCAUGUGGCAAAGCAGCAGGGGAAGUCUCCGAAAGCUUCCACUGAUGAAGCGCCUCCAAUUCCGAGAGUGUGCUACCCCAUCGUGCGGUGCAAGGCAGAUGCAGACUUCUUAGUAGAGAUGGCCGGUGUGUUUCUGGAGGCACCAGCAUGUGCCCAGUGCAGCACAUGCAUCAGCAGGUUCGUCUCCCUCGUCCCCGCUGUCGCUCUCAUCGCCAACUUCGCCUACCUCCCCGCCGCCGUGCUUCUUGAUUCCUUCCUCUUCGUCUUCCCGCCGCACACAGAGGAGUUCCGCAGCCUUAUCGACCGCGUGGGGCUGGACGUUCCGCCCACCCCCACCCCCGUUUCUGUUUUGCUCAGCAGCCUUGCUGCCACGCGCAGCAGCCUGCUUGAGUUGAUGGAAGAUGUGGAUUUCUCCUGCUCCACUGGCAGCCAGUCAAGGAAGGAGGAUUCGUGUGCACGUAUGGAUGAGGUAACUGAGAUGUAUCUCAGUGCUCGUCGUGGCAGCAGCAGCAUCUCUAGCAAGCGGACAAGCAAGGAGGCGGAGGAGCCGGCUUAUCUGAAGGUGUGGCCGGGGGGGAUCAAUCUUUUCACAUGUCUGCGAGAGAUGCUGCUGGGGGAGCCGUGCUACCGCCCUGCCUCCCCUGCUGCCCCUUCCACCCCUGCUGCCCCUUCCACCCCUGGUGCAUCAUCAACUGCUGCUUCAAGGGACUCUCCCACAGCAACACCUUCAUCAGAUGCUGCAGUCACUGUCGCUGCACCAAGCGUUGCUGCAGCAGCCGUUUCAAAAGCAAAACCCACUUCACAUGCUGAAGGCUCUGGUCGUAUGUCGACCGGGGGGCGCGUGUGCGGUGCUGCGGGGUGUGGGAUGGUGGAGGGUGGUGGUGUGAAGUUGAAGAGCUGCGGUGGGUGUGGCAAGGUGGCGUAUUGCAGCAGAGAGUGCCAAAAGGCGCACUGGCCCUCCCACAAGCUCACAUGCCCCGGCAGGGCUAAUGGGAAGAGGAGUGGGAAGAACAGUAGCAAGGUGAGUGGGAAUGAGAGUGGGAUUGUGACUGGCAAUGUGACUGGCAAUGUGAGUGGCAAUGUGAGGGGCAAUGUAACGGGCAGGUGA